CAUACCACUGAGCUGCUCUCCACAACAUGGGAAGACAGAAAGACGAGAAAGGCACUUGAUGUGAAGAGAAAGGAAGCCAGCAAUACCAGACAGGAGCAUUCAGACACAGCAAGGCAGCAAGUGACUGAAAAUGGUCUCGGUUGGGCUGCAGCUCAUGGGUUACACCCUGGGGUUACUGGGGACAAUAGGCACCUUGACAGCCACACUCAUGCCCAACUGGAAGAACAGCUCCUAUAUCGGCUCUAGCAUCGUGACAGCGGUGGGCUUCACCAGGGGACUUUGGAUGGAGUGCGCCGUCCAAAGUACUGGUAUCACCCAAUGUGAUAUCUACAACUCCCUACUGGAUCUGCCUUCUGACCUCCAGGCUGCCCAGGCUAUGAUGGCGACCUCUGCUGCUGUUUCUACCCUGGCCUGCAUCAUCAGUGUGGUAGGGAUGAGAUGUACCAUCUUUGCUCAGGGCUCCCCAGCCAAGGACAGGGUGGCAGUGAUAGGUGGGGUAAUCUUUGUCCUGGGGGGACUACUGUGUUUCAUCCCCAUUGUGUGGAAUAUCCAUGUGGUGCUGCGUGAUUUCUACAAUCCCCUGAUCCCUGACAGCAUGAAGUAUGAGAUCGGGGAGGCAUUGUACCUGGGCAUCAUGUCUGCCUUGUUCUCCCUCAUUGGUGGCUUCAUACUCUGUGCCUCCUGCCCACCCCGGAACCAGCAACUGGACUUUCAAAGCAUCUACCAAUCCAGAGCCCUAGUUGCCAAAAGCCCCCGGCCCUCCAUCAGCCAUACACUAAAGAGCCCCCGGCCCUCCAUCAGCCAUACACUAAAGAGCCCCCGGCCCUCCAUCAGCCAUACACUAAAGAGCCACCGGCCCUCCAUCAGCCAUACACUAAAGAGCCACCGACCCUCCAUCAGCCACAUGCUAAAGACUAAUAAGAGUGAGUUCAACUCCUACAACCUGACAGGGUAUGUCUAGGCACAGCAAGGCCCAGUCAAUUCCCCCGCAUCAAGUCCAACACUAUCCUAGCAGCUGGCUGGAACCUCUACUGCUUUGGGGGCUACCUGGACUGAACUGUGGCAAGCACGGAGAUGCCUUGCCUCUCAUGCUUUUCAUGGACACCUUCUCAUUUAAAUCCUGAUGUUCUCUGAGGCUCCUGCAUGGGACUUGCAGCUUCUUGGGAGACCAGUCAUUGGUCCCACACACAGACUAGCCUGGCUUGGGCCCACAUAGCCCUGUUGCAUGAGAUGGGUUUCCUUGAGCUGCCAGCAGUGAGUACAACCCAAACCCAACAGCCUCAGGAGACUAAUCUCCCUUGGGAACCCCACUCUGCCUCCUGAGCCUUGCUACUAGGAAGAGAAGCCUCCAGGAUGGCCAGCUCCAUCAAGCCAGCCAACAUCAUGGAGGACAGACCUGGCAGGGAACUGACUCUGGCAGCUGGUGGGGCAAUCCCAGCUGCUGUAAGAGUUCACUGAACUGAGAGUACUGGAAACAGAACAUGGGAGGGUGUUUCCAACCUCCUGAGACUGGAGGAGGACUGUGGCAGUUGUGAAAGAGCAGAGGCUGGAGAAGCAUUUGAGCAGGGCGGUGAUGGUGGGGCUCACUUACUGGGACACAGGGUGAAGCACUUGCAGUGUCACGGUGG